AGGUAUGUCCCUGAAGAAGAACUUCCAGACAGUAGAUCAGUAAAGUAUUUCCUUUCAGAAAUUUCUGAUGUGGCAAAAAUUGAAAAUGAGUUGACACUUGACGAGGUUAAUAGUAAACUAACUCCCUUGGAAGAAAUGUCUGAUGAUCAUCAAGCAUUGGAGAAACCAGUAGAAAGAGAACAGAUUGAGAGAACAGAACCAGUUCAAGAAACAGGAAGUACUCAGAACCUUACUGAAAUGAAGAAGGAACAGUUUGCACCAAGAACAAAGAUUCUUGCAGAUGAUGAGUCAUUAGAGAAGGACCCUAGAGGCAGCCUGGAACGUUUUGGAAGUUACUCGAUCCUGGAUGUGAAUGUGGAACAUGCAGUGGGAAAAACGUUUGGCACAUUUUUGUCAAAUCAGCCAGAUAAACAGCGUGCAGCGGAAGAGGAAGCAGCUUUUGAAGCUGUUAUACUCUCUCCUCAUUUUGCGUACCAGGUGACAGGAAGAAGCACUGAAGAAAGUCAGGUUGCCAGGUCAUUACUAGAAGGAUCUUUGCAAGAUUAUUUCUCAAAAUCAACAAAUGACAGCUCAAAGAGAGUUAAAAACAAUUUAGCCACUUUAGCUCCUCAAACACCACACCUCCCAGUCAUUGUCUCAGAAAAUCAUUUUAUUCAAACAAAGCUGCAAUCACCACAUUUGCAUUUCUCCUGGAAGGUGCCAUCUGUUUCUGCAACGGUGUCCCCUGUUCCUCCAAAUCCUGAAACAAACCCCUAUGAUCCAGCCCUUUUACAAACUCAAGUACAGCAAGACAUGCUUGUGCCAACUGAGAACUCUCAGAUUGAUGGGUUUUCCCCAAAUUAUCCAAACAAGGUUAUCACUGAACAAAAAAGACUUAGUGGAGUUUUAGAUUCCAGUCCUGCUCAGACAGGAUGUGGAAAUCCACAAGUUCCUCUACACAUGGGUCAACAGUUGUAUUCUAGUUCUGGUCAGAACUCAAAGCCUCUGGAUGGAUUUGCUAAUAUUUCAUCCAGACUCCCACCAGAUAAGCCUCAAUGCUCUCCAUCUGUUAGAUGUAGCCUGAAAAUGAAACUGAAAAAGCAUAGUACAGGUGAAAGACACCAGCCUUACACAUUAGAUAAAAAAAGUAAUAAUGAUUUGUUGCCAAAUCUGGAUGAGAUUCAUACUCCUUUCUAACCUCUGUGAGGUAAUGGCAACCAUUUGUAGUCAAUGGCAACCUUUCUGAGUCAAUGAAAACCUUUCUGGAUUAUAAUCAUUUAUUUUUUAAUUAGAUGUAACAGCAACCUUUCCAACCUUUCAGGAUGAUGGCAAUCUUUCGAAUCAUUAGCAAUCUUUGUGAGUAAAUGGCAACCUUUAUGAGGCAUUGGUAACCAUUUUAACCUUUCUGAUCAAUGGCAAAACCUUUCUGACCUUUGUUUAAAGUUCCUGUUUUAAACUGAUUUUUUUUGGUGAGAAGUAGACCUUUUGUCUGUUAGAUAUAUUGAACAGAAAAAAACAAACAGUUGAAGCUGAAUGCAGAGCAUCAGUAAAAAUACUGUAAAAUGCUUUUCUAUCAAAAACUGUUUUUGUUACUACUUUUGCUGUUUUAUUGAAAAGGAGCGUAACAUACAUUUUGCAGAAAUGGACAAAAACGCAUAUUUUUAGUUAUAAAUGAAUUAAAAACUAUAAAUACAUAUAUAAAAGUGAUGAGUAACAAAAAAAAUACUUAAUGUCACUAAAAUGCAAGUUUUUCAAAAUAUUUACAUUCACUUUGUAUUUUGUGUGGAUAGAAAAAGCAUUUUUUUUCCGUAUAAACAACAUUGGACGGUCCUUUCUGCAAGACUGCACAUGCAAUCUGACAUCAUUUACAAAAAAACAUGAAUAAAAUGUCGUCAUUAGAAAAAUUCUUCCAAAAUUUGAGGCCAACAUUUCAAAAAGAACAAUAAACUAUAGCUUACCUACUUUUUCUGAUGUUAAACAUCAAAACUGAAUCAAGAGGACUGUAUGAAUUUUCAAUGGAUUUAAUAUUAUAAUUUUUUUUUUCAAAAAUUGUAUUUUCAUAGCAUGGCAAAUUACAACUAAAUGUGGGCAAAAAGAUCAAUAUCCUAGCCCUAUUCAUGGAAGAAGUCCCGAAUUAACGCACAAAGAAAUAGCAUUUUAUUCUUAAAUAUUUUAUUUUGAAUCAUGGCAGCAUAUAAACACAUUUGCCUUUAAAUCAUCUUCAAAAUAAAUUAUACUGAUAGAAUUUUCAUUUCAUUGUUAGUGAAUUUAAUGGAAUAUCAUUACAAACUUAAUUGUGAUUAUAUCUCAUUGAUUUACCGCAAAUUAUCAAUGAAACAUUUUAACAUGUGCUGUUAAUGAUGUUAAAUAAAUAAAUAUAUAUAUAUUCAUGAAAAAGACCACGGUACGGGUGGA